AUGGGCGAACAAACAAAGUGCGUGAUCUGCUCAUCCCCAGCCGUGCAGAAGUGCUCCGGCUGUCAGAAUGUUCACUAUUGCUCGAGGGAGCAUCAGAAGCAGGACUGGAAGCUUCACAAAUACCGAUGUAUACCAGCUAAAGUCAAACAAGACCCGAAGUUGGGGAGGUACCUCGAAGCCACGAGAGACAUCAAGUCUGGUGAUAUAAUUAUGAAGGAAGCCCCACUCAUUACAGGACCAGCGCAGGUGACACCACCAGUGUGCCUUGGCUGCUAUACGUUAUUAGAAGAAGGGAAAACAGUUUCAUGUUCUGAUUGUGGUUGGCCAUUCUGCUCAGAAGCCUGCACCAGAAACGAAGCGCACAAGCCCGAAUGUCAUUUUACUCAGAAGAGAGGUGAAAAGGUUUCCAUCUCCACUUUUGGCGUUCCUCAUCCAAAUUACCAAUGCAUUACUGUACUCCGGUGCCUGUAUCAGAGACCAUGA